AUGACCUCACCUACUCUUGGACACCACCAGCACCCGUCCCGCUGUGUUUCGGCAGAGAGGCUGACUCUGGGCGGUGGAGGCCCAGCUCUUGCUUCUGCCAGCGGGGAAGGAGCUCGAACCGUCUCCGAGGGCAAGGCAGGACUCAAGUGCGACCAGCACGGCAACCGAAUGCAGACACAUGAGAACUCCAGCUCUCCCGUCCAGCAAAAGACUCCGGGUUUCUGUUGCCAACCCUAUGAUGGCUCUGACAGGACAGAAAGGACCAAUUCCGAAUCCUCCCAGAGUCCCAGCCCCUCUUCCCCAUCCCCUGAUCAAAUCUAUGGGAGGUUUUGCGCCAGCCAGGCCAUCCAUACUGAAGAGGACGCAUUCAAGGCUUCUUCCGCUGCCGAGAAAUUCAGACGCUACAGCUACGAGGAAAGCGCAGCCGGGACCUGCGGCCGGUUCCUUAAGAACAGCAGCCGGAAUCCCUUCCACCCGUACAAGAGGCAGUUCACAGAGGAGGCCUGCCAGGAGGCCCGACAGGCCCUCGGCGUGGAGGGGCACCCGUUCAAACCAGCAAGCAUGGAUGGUUACGAGGAGAUGGCCGGGCCCACCGUGACGCCGGAUGAAGAGAUGUAUGCCGCACACUGUCCGAAUCUCACCUCGGAGCUGGCUUGGUGCAAUGGUCUCCAGUACAACCAUCCCGGGCAGGAACAGCACUCUCAAAUGAUGGACACAGAUGUCAAGCUAAAGACGACGCUGGAUGGGCAUCCCAGUUUCUACUGCUACCAGUCUCAAGUGCCACAAAUGUAUUGUUCCUCGCACCCCUUCCAUCAGUAUUCUUCAGAAAGCAGCUACCCGGUCACGUACAUCUCUGCAGCCCCCUAUCCCUACCAAAGAAUCGCUCCACAGAACACUCAGGAACAGCACCAACCUCUCUUCCCUAAGCCUAUCUACUCGUACAGCAUUCUUAUUUUCAUGGCGCUCAAGAACAGCAAAACUGGAAGCCUUCCUGUCAGCGAAAUUUACAAUUUCAUGACUGAGCAUUUCCCUUACUUCAAGACAGCACCAGACGGGUGGAAGAAUUCCGUCCGCCACAAUUUGUCCCUCAACAAAUGCUUCGAGAAAGUCGAAAACAAGACAGGCAGUUCCUCUCGGAAAGGCUGCUUGUGGGCUCUGAAUCCGGCCAAGAUUGACAAGAUGCAGGAGGAGCUGCAGAAGUGGAAAAGGAAAGAUCCGAUCGCGGUCAGGAAAAGCAUGGCCAAGCCAGAAGAGCUCGACACCCUGAUAGGGGACAAGAUGGACAAGCUAAGAUCCACCAUGCUGGCUUGCAAUCCCAGUGGGGUCACCGGCCCCUCGGGACCAGCCCGGCAGAUGACCCUCCAGCACCAUUCGCUGCACACCCAGCUCAAACCAGCAGCCCAAGGGUCUCCGCUGCCAGCACAGACGCCUCCUGGACGGGGAAUGAAACUGCUCAGUGCAUCCCAGACGGUAGACGGCGUCCUCCUACUGGAAGGGGAUCUCAGCGACGUCGACGCCCUGAACCCGUCCCUCACUGAUUUUGAUCUCCAAGGAAAUAUUUGGGAAGAACUGAAAGACGACAGCUUGGCCGUCGACCCGCUGGUGCUCAUUUCAUCGUCUCUACCAUCUAGCCACGGUUUCUCUUCUCAGUGCCAGAUGGACGACGCCACCAACAAUAACGACCUCAGCACCUACAACAGCCCUCAGCCGCAGACUUUGCCGGAAGUCCAGCUCACUACUCUUUACUCUGCCUUCAUGGAAUUGGAUACCGGAUCAACUUCCUACCUGAACAAUUCGGGGUCAAAACCUGUAGCUCUGGUCUGA